AUGGGGCUCCGCAGGAAAAGCAAGAGUCCGGCAGCACUAAGCCACAAGUUCGUCAGUCAGAAUCAUACAGAUACUGCUUCCUACCUAGUAAUGGGCUUCCUACUUGGGGUUGAAUUUCAGGUCCCAGCCAAGUAUGCGAUCAUCUUUAUUGCUGUGCAGUACAAUGUCACCUAUACCACUGAUUACAACAGUGAGCAAUUUCAUUUCUAUGACUGUGCUCCAGAAGACACUGCCGCAAUCUUCUUCUACAUGCUUGUAGCUAUUAAUCUGCAUGCUGUAAUCCAGGAGUACAUAUUAGAUAAAAUCAACAGAAGUCUGCAUGUUUCAAAAACAAAACACAGCAAAUCCGAUGAAUCGGGACAGCUAGCAUUUUUCUACUACUGUUCUCUGUUUUCAUUUAUAUGGGGAGCAAGUGUUUUGAAUGCUAAAGAAUUCAUGAUGAACCCAACCUCACUCUGGAAAGAUUGUCCCCAUUCUUGUAUGCAUUUUCAGGUAAAAUUCUUCUAUAUUUGCCAGAUAGCCUGUUGGCUUCAUGCACUGCUGAAGCUAUACUUCCAAAAGAUCCGAAAG